CAUAGCGCAACAACGUGCCCUUGCGUGAUGACGCAACACGACAACUGCGGGUCCCGAUUGCUGCAACCGCUUGUCAGUGUGACGAAGAUUGGCACUCAGGUUGGCCAUCUGUCCCUGGUUUCUAUAAUGCCCCAGUGCUGGCAGUGAGUGAUGGCAGCCCAGGCGGUUUCUAUAGACAAAUACCCAAAGGGGGAGCAGCAGAUUCAAAGUGUGGUAAAAGUAGACUGUGACUCUGAGUCUAAAUUUGAAGGGACACUGGUUGAAGUGUCCAACCCGGUACCCUCUGAACCACAGACACCCAUGGAUGCUGACAAAGCAUCCAUAUAUCGACAUCCCCUGUUUCCCUUGUUGGCCCUGCUUUUUGAGAAGUGUGAGCAGUCCACACUGAGCUCUGAAUGCAUCACAUCAGCGAGUUUUGAUGUGGACAUUGAGAACUUUGUACGCUGUCAGGAAAAAGAGGGGAAGCCCUUCUUCAGUGAAGAUCCCGAACUUGAUAACUUGAUGGUGAAAGCUAUUCAAGUGCUACGGAUCCAUUUGCUGGAGCUGGAGAAGGUGAGUGACCUGUGUAAAGACUUUUGCAGUCGCUACAUCGCCUGCCUCAAGACUAAGAUGAAUAGUGAGACUCUUCUGAGUGGAGAUCCCGGCAGCCCAUACUCCCCAUUGCAAGGCCAGGCACAGAACUUCUCACCCACCAAGACUCAGACGUCAAGCUCCAUCUCAGGCACCCUCAGCCCCCAGGGUCAAAUUGUGGUGCCAGCAUCAGCCCUGCAACAAGGGAAUGUUACUGUUACAGCUGUCAACCCCACCCAAGUAGUUACAGGAAGUACAGUUUACCAGCCAGUAACAGUGGUCACUCCUCAGGGCCAGGUGGUGACUCAGGCCCUGUCUCCUGGGACAAUACGUGUCCAAAACAAUCAGCUUCAGCUACAGUUUCACCAGGACUUGAACCUCUUUAAUCACGAGGACAACUCAACGAAAAAUAAACGGGGCGUUCUACCCAAACAUGCCACCAAUGUCAUGCGCUCUUGGCUCUUCCAGCAUAUUGGGCAUCCUUAUCCAACUGAAGAUGAGAAGAAACAGAUUGCCGGUCAAACAAAUCUGACACUCCUGCAAGUCAAUAACUGGUUCAUCAAUGCACGGAGACGGAUCUUGCAGCCGAUGUUGGACGCUAGCUCUUCUGAGACCACCAAAGCCAAGAAGAAAACUCCACAAAAUCGGCCACUGCAGCGUUUCUGGCCUGACUCCAUUGCUGCUGGGGGAGGAACUCAUCAGCAGGUUACCAUGCCUGAUGGUACAAUGGUGACGAUGAACAUGGAGAGUCUGCAGAGCCUCACAUCAGAUGGAGCCACUCUGGCAGUGCAGCAGGUAAUGCUCGCAGGCCACAGUGAAGAUGAGUCGGGUGACAGUGGGGAAGAUGAUGACGACGCAGACAUGAGCGUUCUGGGGCUGGACAACAGCGACUCGUUGCAGUAAAAGCUGACACACUGACCUACACAUACUCAGAAGGCAAAGGGUUUACACCGAGCACAAAAGCACAGAAUGUCCAUGGAUAGUCCUGUGCUCUUCCAGCUGACCUCAAGUCUGCGCUGCGUGUGUGUGUACUUCAGAAGUUUCACUUCAGAAACAGUUUUUUUUAACAAGUUUAUUCGUGUAGGCGAGUGCACUUUUUUUGUAUAUUUAAGCUGAAAAGAUGAAAUCAAGCAGAAAAUACGUGUUGAAAACACAAGAAACAAGUUUGUAUGCUCUGUUAUUAAUAGACUUUCUUGGUUUUUUGAAUUAUUUUGCUUUUUGAUCUCUUUUUUGGAUGCCAACACAUAAGUUGUAUAUGUAAUGGUUUGUCUUCAUUCUUUGCAUGCUUGUGUUUUCAGUAGAUGUACGCAUUCGUCAGACUUGCUCUCCAGUACUCAUGUGAGCAGAGUGAGAGGAAAAAAAAGUAGAUAUGCUUAUUUUUCUAUACAAACAUAACAUUAGUGUUUUUUGUUUUUCAUUUUUGUGUUAUGUUUUGUAAGGAAUGUUUAUGUACAGAUUCCUAAUAGCAGGCCUGUUUUUCAGGGUUCCUUAAAGUUUUCUAAAAAAAUGGAAUGGUGAUGAACAUUGCUAUUGAAAUUGAUUUUUAAACUCAAAAGACCAAGUAACAUGGCCUUAUUAUGUUUUCCUUUCAUAGACCUUUUGCCAACAAGCACAAACAAUGUUGACCCUUUGGAAAAUUAAUGAAAAGACACUAAACUGCAGAGCAAAGUUUAAAAGAUAGACUUUGUGUGUUGCAGCCAGAUAGAUAUCUGAAGAAAUAAUCAUGCAAAGUCAAUUGGUUGUUGUGCUCAUGUUUUCUUUUAAUCCAACUCCUGGUUGCCCAUAUUGUGUAUACUAUGCAUUACGUAUUUGAAUCAUUUCACAGUUGUACCCUUGGCAUGACCAUGUCAAUUGCACAAUCAAGAACACUAUGCUAACUACACAAUCACAGGGUGAGAGACUGAAAUCUGUGGAAAAACACACUCCACAUCGGAUCACACCAACAAGCAGCAGAGGAUGUU